AUGGCUUCAUCUUCGGAGGAUCCCGAGCCUUCCUCUGCGUCGGACCUGGGGCCCGAUGCGGAAAGACUCGAGGAAAAGACCCUCCUGCGCUCCAUGCACCGCAUGCGCAAGGAUGGCUUGAGCGCGAAGAAGAUCGGGAAAUAUUUCGGGCUGAGUUCGGAUGACGUGACGGCGAGGCUCAACCAGCACCAAGAAAGCAGCGAAUUGCAGGUCUUCGCCAAACCUGAACCAGAAGUCGGCGACGACAUCCAGGAAGAGGCCAAACGCCUUCUAACAGACCCCGAAGACUUGCUGUGCCCCAUCGGCAAGACCUUGAUGGAGCAUCCGUUCGUCGCCCAGGACGGCUAUACCUAUGAGAAGAAUGCGAUCGAGGAGGCAUUGCGCAACAAGCGAUGCAGUCCGAUAACCAAUCAGCCAAUGGGUAACCAGGUCGUUCCGAAUCACGACAAGAAGUCCGCCAUCGUCACCUACAUGGAGACGACGGUCCGAAAAGCUGUGGAGCUGGCUAAAUCCGUGCCGGCUGAUAUCGCAGAAGCGCUGCUGUUGAAAGCAGAAGGAUUCGUGCGGUCCAAGCCCCCAGAUUCCGCGGCACGGGUCAAUCUUCUGAAACUGUUGCAGCUUAGGGCUGCACUGCCAUCUGAAUCGCGACGGGAGACGGUUGAACAGCUCAUGAGUCUGGUGGCUGAGGAUCCCGCUAAGUCAGUCGAGGAGGUCGCCGAAUUGCUUGCCAAUUUCGAGUCCUGGGAUGUGGCUUCACAUUUGUGCGAUCGCAACAAAUUCGAUCAAGAGUUCGUGAUGUUCCUGCAGACUUCAGCUCACGGUCCACCUGUGCUGCCGUGUGCUGAGAUGCUGGAAAAGGAGCUUGCCAGUCGCUUGGCCGAAGCGCUGGAAAGAGAGCGAGAGCGCGCCCUUGCAGCUGCUAAACCGAAGAUGCCCGCGCUUGUUGGGCACAAAACUCAAACUGGUGGGGUGGUCCCUUCUUUGGAACCAGUUGCAGGGAAGCUCUGGGAGUUUGUGUUUUGUCUCAGCUCUGUGCAAGCAUCGGGUAUUUGGGUAGACGGCGCAGCGUUGGUGCUCGCAGCUCUGCAUACAAAGUUGCAGGUCGAUCUGCCGAACCUGUCCGAUGAAAUAUUAAGCAAGGCUUUGCACUUCCUGAAGAAGCGCGAGGAUGCCUGCGCUCGUGCUGUGGAGCUGUUCAGAUCCGACCUGUGUAUGGCAAGCGAGACAAAAGACAGCAAGACGUUCCGGGCCGAGCUCCUUAUGCUGCUUUUCAAGAGGCAUCCCGAGGAUGGCCUUGCUUUGCUGAGCUCCUUUGUUGCGGACUUUGAUCAUGAAGCCCAAGACAACUUGCUGAACAUCCUACUCCAAAAUGUGCCGGAAAAGGGUCCGGUUGAGUGUACAUGUCAGCCCGCUUUGCUGAAGCUGCUCUACGCGCGUCGUGAACAAGUUCCGGACGAACUACUACCGAAACUUUCCCUGGAACCGGGUCACAUACAGCUGUUGGCGCCAGAAACAUCCGUAGCUCUGGCACAGCAGCUUCUUAUGGCAGAGAGACCGGCGGAAGGGUCUCGAAUUGCGGUCAUCGCAGCCAAGGCCUUCGAGUCACUUGGAAGCACAGAGAAGUCAGAACGGGCAUUUACCCUUGCCUAUGACAUGGACCAUGGCAAUGCGGAAGCUGCAGAGGGCAUGCUGAACGUUUUGCUGGGACAUCUGGAGAAGAAGGGCCAGAUCGAGCAAGAGCGCCUGUUGUUGACGUUGCUCUUUGAGUUCAAGAGAAGGGUUCCAGACCAUCUGCUCGCAUGUCUGGCCUUGGAACCGCGUGAGAUCAGGCAGCUUCCGCCAGGAGCAUCCCUGGCCCUGGCAGAGCAGCUGUCGGACUCGAAGCGACAUCAGGAGGGAGCUCAGCUCGCAGUCCUGGCCGCCGAAGCCUUCGAGGCCUCCGGGCUCCAGGAGGAGGCCGAUUCGGCGUACGCCCGUGCGCACAGCAUGGACAGGCUCAAUGUCGAUGCCUCCAACGGUCUCCUCUCUGCGACGAGCCGGUCUUGCAGAGGACUGACGGCGCUGGUGAAGGAGCAGCAGGCCACGAUUGACCAGCUGAGAAAGUGCACCGAACAGUUGGUCAAGGAGGUGGAGGGUCUGCGGAACCAUGUGCAAUCCAGGGAGGGCCGUGGCAUCAUUUGGGACCUCUCGGACGAAGACUUGGUAGAAGGAUUCUGCAAGGAGAGCCCGAAAAUCAACCUGGAGAAUGGCAGCGAAUCUAAACACGUUCAGGCUUGGAUUUGUUGCCGUGCGAACGGGAGGGGCAGCUCACCCACCGCGGCCAUCUUCCUGCAGUGCAAUGAGAGCUGCAAGAUUGAUUGUGAAAUCUCCGUGGAUGGCAAGACUGAGACGCUGAGCAUCGAGAGCACAGAGGACUACAAGACCAAGUUCCCUUUUCCGUCUGGAUUGCUCGAAGAGAAGCUCGGCAAGAUCAGCCUUCGCAUCAAGGCGCUGAAGCUUGAGGGCGGCACCGUGCAGUACGAUUAUUGA